AGAGAGCUCUGGCUGUGCAGGCAGGGAGAGGAGCAGACUGGUGUUUGCCUUGUGAGCCCCCAGUGCCAUCCCCAUCCUCCCCCAUCCCCAGCAUCAGCAGUAGCAGUAUCCCAUUCAUGCUACAUGUAAGCAGUGACAGAGGCAGAAGGCUGGAGGAGACAGCAGUGCUGGGAUUGCUAUUGUGUGUGAUGGGGGCAGAGUGAGAUAUUAUAGCGCAUGUCUCAUCCCUCAGUGCAGCCUUCACCACCAACUCCACCAUCUUGCAUGUGCAAACAUCUCCAGCCGGACAUCAGCUCUCCCGGGGCUAUGGAGACUGCGGGAACCAUCAUGCUGCUGCCCACCAUGGAUUGUUAAGACUGGCAGCGACUGCAAUUGCUUCACCCCCCUUUUGCUUGUGGUCUGUGCAGCCUUGAUGCUUCUCAUUGGCAUCUAGCGAAAGAGAGAGAGAGAAAGAGAGAGAAAGAGAGAAGAUGCGGAUUAUUUGCGAGCAGAUUGUUUUGUUAUUCUCUGGAUUUUGGGGCAUUGCCAUGGGAGCCUUUCCUAGCAGCGUGCAGAUAGGUGGGCUUUUCAUCCGAAAUACAGAUCAGGAAUACACUGCUUUUCGACUAGCAGUUUUUCUCCAUAACACCAGCCCCAAUGAGUCCGAAUCAAUUUUUAAUUUGAUCCCUCAUGUAGACAACAUAGAAACAGCCAACAGUUUCGCUGUAACCAAUGCCUUUUGCUCCCAGUAUUCCAGAGGAGUGUUCGCCAUCUUUGGACUGUAUGACAAGAGAUCAGUACACACCCUGACCUCAUUCUGCAGUGCUUUACACAUCUCCCUCAUCACACCCAGCUUCCCCACAGAGGGAGAAAGCCAGUUUGUCCUCCAGCUGAGACCAUCCCUACGAGGAGCUCUGUUAAGUUUGUUGGAUCACUAUGGUUGGAAUCACUAUGUAUUUCUUUAUGACACAGACAGGGGAUACUCCAUACUUCAGGCCAUCAUGGAGAAGGCUGGACAGAAUGGUUGGCAAGUUAGUGCAAUAUGUGUGGAAAAUUUCAACGAUGCCAGCUACAGACGUCUUCUAGAAGACUUGGAUCGGAGACAAGAGAAUAAGUUUGUAAUAGACUGUGAAGUGGAAAGACUUCAGAACAUUCUGGAACAGAUUGUGAGUGUUGGGAAACAUGUGAAAGGCUAUCAUUACAUUAUUGCAAAUCUAGGAAUUAAGGACAUUUCGCUCGACAGGUUUAUGCAUGGUGGCGCCAAUGUAACAGGAUUUCAGCUGGUGGAUUUCAAUACUCCAAUAGUAACCGAAUUAAUGCAGCGAUGGAAGACGUUGGACCAGCGGGAAUAUCCAGGAUCAGAAACCCCACCUAAGUAUACCUCCGCACUGACUUAUGAUGGCGUUCUGGUGAUGGCUGAAGCCUUCCAUAACUUGCGACGACAAAAGGUUGAUCUUUCAAGAAGAGGAAAUGCAGGCGAUUGUCUUGCCAAUCCAGCUGCUCCCUGGGGGCAAGGAAUUGACAUGGAAAGAACUUUAAAACAGGUUCGACUUCAGGGUUUAACUGGAAAUGUACAAUUUGAUCACUAUGGAAGAAGAGUAAACUUCACAAUGGACGUUUUGGAGCUGAAAAGUUCCGGCCUUAGAAAGAUUGGCUACUGGAAUGAUAUGGAUAAGCUGGUUUUGCUCCAACACGAACCUACCCUCAGAAACGAUUCAGCAAUUGAAAAUAGGACAGUUGUUGUGACCACGAUUCUGCCUCUGAUGAAGAAUCCUAUUUUAAGAAAUUGAUCAAGAAAGAACAGAUUUUCAAGACCCAGCGACCAUUCCUUGCUAUGGCUCAAGUAUAAAUCACUAUUGUAGUCCAAAUAGUAAAACUUUUUGCUUUUCAUUUUUUUAUGUUUUUUUUUUUUUUUUUACUUCCUCUGUAAUGUGGAUGAAUAUCCUCUUGGCUUUAUAAUCACCCCCUUGCAUUUCUGUAAAAAAAAAAAAAAAUGCCUUAGGAUAAGAGCAUCUUAUAGCAGAAUAGUACUGACACCAAGUACACAUUCCACCCCAGGUUAUAUAAUCAAAAAUACAUGAGAAAGCUUCAAGCUUUCUUUUAAGUAUGUGUUAUAAAUAAACCUUUAUGCAUGAAUUGAAGACAACUACUCCUAUUAAGAGUACCUAUUUGAGAUGUUACUUUCUUAAUUUGAAUUUUUAUCAUUUUAAAAUAUUUUGAUACCUUAAUUUGUUUAGAUAAAAAAAAAUCUAAUUUUGAAAGAAACAUUAACAUAACUACAAUAAAUCUAAUCAUGUCAAAUGAAGCUUCUCCUUUGAUUAACAUUAGUAGCAUAGCCAAAAAAAUGUACAAUCCUUUUUGUUGUAUAGCUUUUUAUUACCAAUUUGGUUGUUUUCGAAAUUAUGCAAUGUUGCUGCAUGGAAACUAUGGUAAGGUAAGUAAGCCACUGCAGCUGACAGGUUAACCUUACAAACAGUAAAUAUCCCACUUUAACCCCUUAAAGGUGUAUUCCGCCCAUAGACAUCUUGUACCCUAUCCAAAAGAUAGAGUAUAAGAUGUCUGAUUGCAGAGGCUGCUGCUGCUGCUGCCGCCAUAGCCCAAGACUUGCACAUUCACUCUAUGGAUUUUGCAUAAGUCCCAUGCAAGUCUAUAGCACGUCCGCCAAAUCUGUAGAUUAAGCGUUGUACUCUUGAACAAGUUUUGGGCUCGGAUGGCUUGGGCAGCAGCGCUAAAAUAUAAAACAUAUGGGCCCUGAUUUUGUCAGGUUGUGCACCAAAAUGUGGUUCAGUGCGCCACAAUUUGGCGCAUUGCACCACAAAUUGAGUCUUCCACAAAUUUAUUGACACUAAGUGCCAAAAUAGACCUUCAAACCCAAAAAGGGGCAUGGUCAGAAGGAAAGAGGAAGUGGUUAUCUGGAAAAGAGGCAUGUCUUCACAACCCAACCUAUUUGCUAUUGAAUUCAUAGAAAAUAUUGUGAAUAAAUAGCUGGAAAUUUCCACCAAGCGAAAGCUGGUCAGAACUUUCCCAACCUGUGAACCUAUGUGUCUCCAUAGUAAAUACAGCAUAAUUAUGCAAGUCUAAAUAGCAAUCAACAGUAAUAAAAACUCAAGUAAAUCAGGGCCAUGAUCUGCUUCAACAGCCAGCCAUAGGCAGACUGUGCUAGCUGUUCCCAUAUAAAUCAAUUCCCCCCAUUGCAAUAGUAAUAGAAGUCCCCUAGGGGAGGACUUGAAAAGUAUAGAAUAGUCAAACAUAUUGAUAAAAAUAUAUAAAAAAAAAAACUGUAAUAAAAAUUCAAAUAAGCCUUUGUUUAGCACACAGCCCAAUAAGAAUGGUAAAUCCAAUAAAUCCAAGUAUUAAGUAUAGACAUAAAAUAAUAAAAUCUCUCAGCAGCAGCUAGCCUGUUUUCCAUUGGUUUCCAUGUAGCAAGUAGAUGUGAUCUAUUCCUAUACUAUACAGCAUUAAAGGGAAAAUAUGUCUGAUCCCGGGAGUCCCGCUGCGUUUCCGUAGACUUGUGGAGAGUUAUAGUAUGCAUAUUAAAUGCAUAUUAUGGCUGCCUUAAAUAAGCCUAAAUAAAAGUUUGACUUUAAAAUCAUCAAAAAUUAUAAUAUGUACAAUACAGUUGCAAUUAAAUGUAUAAUGGUUAAACAUUUACUCUCGUUUUGCUAACAUUAUUUAUGGAUAUGAAUCCGCUUAUGCUAUAGAUUUCCCUACUGCUGUCUCUUUACACUUAUUACGGCUUGACUAAUGUUUAGUACACUUGUAUACCUGCAUACUUAGCAUGCGCUAGAGAAAAACUCUCUAAACAGAUUUAAACUAACUGCUUUAAAGCUCUUACUGUACAGUAAAUGCUAAAUGUCAAUAUAAGCUUUGCAUUGUAUGCCAUAUUAUAUGUGUUCAAUGGAAAAAAUUAUCAAUGGAAAUCAAAUUUAUCAACCCAUGGAGGUCUGGAUAUAGAGUCAGACUCAAAAUCAAAGUGGAAAACCCCACUACAGGCUGAUCCAACUUUGAUGGAAUGUCCUUAAAACAAGUCAAAAUGAGGCUCAGUAGUGUGUGGUCUCCAAGUGCCCGUAUGACCUCCCUACAAUGCCUAGGCAUGCUCCUGAGGGAUGUCCUCCCAGACCUGGACUAAAGCAUCUGUCAACUCCUGGACAGUCUGUGGUGCGAUGUGGCGUUGGUGGAUGGAGCGAGAAAUGAUGUCCCAGAUGUGCUCAAUCGGAUUCAGGUAGCAUCAAUGCCUUCCUCUUGCAGGAACUGCUGACACACUCCAGCCACAUGAGGUCUAGCAUUGUCUUGCAUUAGGAGGAACCCAGGGCCAACCGCACCAGCAUAUGGUGUCACAAGGGGUCUGAGGAUCACAUCUCGGUACCUAAUGGCAGUCAGGCUACCUCUGGCAAGCACAUGGAGGGCAAAGAAAUGCCACCCCACACCAUUACAGACCCACCGCCAAACUGGUCAUGUCGGAGGAUGUUGCAGGCAGCAGAACAUUCUCCACAGCGUCUCCAGACUUUGUCAAGUCUGUCACGUGUGCUCAGUGUGAACCUGCUUUGAUCUGUGAAGAGCACAGGGCGCCAGUGGCAAAUUUGCCAAUCUUGGUGUUCUCUGGCAAAUGCCUAACUUCCUGCAUGGUGUUGGGCUGUAAGCACAACCCACACCUGUGGACGUCGGGCCCUCAUACCACCCUCGUGGAGUCUGUUUCUGACCGUUUGAGUGGACACAUGCACAUUUUGUGACCUGUUGGAUGUCAUUUUGCAGGGCUCUGGCAGUGCUCCUCCUGCUCCUCCUUGCACAAAGGUGGAGGUAGUGGUCCUGCUGCUUGGUUGUUGCCCUCCUACGGCCUCCUCUUCAUCUCCUGAUGUACUGGCCUGUCUCCUGGUAGGGCCUCCAUGCUCUGGACACUACGUUGACAGACACAGCAAACCUUCUUGCCACAGCUUCCAUUGAUGUGCCAUCCUGGAUGAGCUGCACUACCUGAGCCACUUGUGUGGGUUGUAGACUCUGUCUCAUGUUACUACUAGAGUGAAAGCACUGCCAACUUUCAAAAGUGACCAAAACAUCAGCCAGGAAGCAUAGGAACUGAGAAGUGGUCUGUGGUCACUACCUGCAGAAGCACUCCUUAAUUGGGGGUGUCUUGCUAAUUGCCUAUAAUGUCCUCCUGUUGUCUGUUCCAUUUGCACAACAGCAUAUGAAAUUGAUUGUCAAUCAGUGUUGUUUCCUGAGUGGACAGUGUGAUUUCACAGAAGUGUGGUUGACUUGGAGUUACAUUGUGUUGUUAAAGCAAUCCCUUUAUUUUUUUGAGCAGUGUAUAUAUAUAUAUAUAUAUAUAUAUAUAUAUAUAUAUAUAUGCAUUGCUCCAAAAAAUAAAGGGAACACUAAGAUAACCUAUUCUAGAUCUGAAUGAAUGAACUAAUUGUGUGAAAUACUUUGUCUUUACAUAGUUGAAUGUGCUGACAAUAAAAUCACACAAAAAUUAUCAAUGGAAAUCAAAUUUAUCAACUCAUGGAGGUCUGGAUAUGGAGUCACACUCAAAAUCAAAGUGGAGAACAACACUACAGGCUGAUCUAACUUUAAUGUAAUGUCCUUAAAACAAGUCAAAAUGAGGCUCAGUAGUGUGUAUGGCCUCCACGUGCCCGUAUGACCUUACUACAAUGCCUGGGCAUGAUCCUGAUGAGGUGGCGGAUGGUCUCCUGAGAGAUGUCCUCCCAGACCUGGACUAAAGCAUCCAUAGCAUCAAUGCCUUCCUCUUGCAGGAACUGCUGACAUAUUCCAACCACAUGAGGUCUAGUAUUGUCUUGCAUUAGGAGGAACCCAGGGCCAACUGCACCAGCCCAUGGUCUCACAAGGGGUCUGAGGAUCUCAUCUCGGUACCUAAUGGCAGUCAGACUACCUCUGGCAAGCACAUGGAGGGCUGUGCAGCCCCCCAAAAGAAAUGCCACCCCACACCAUUACUGACCCAGCAGAAUGUUCUCCACGGCGUCUCCAGACUUUGUCACUUCUGUCACAUGUACUCAGUGUGAACCUGUUUUCAUCUGUGAAGAGGACAGGGCGCCAGUGGCGAAUUUGCCAAUAUUGGUGUUCUCUGGCAAACGUCCUGCAUGGUGUUGGGCUGUAAGCACAACCCCCACCUGUGGACAUCGGGCCCUCAUACCACCCUCAUGGAGUCUGUUUCUGACCGUUUGAGUAGACACAUGCACAUUUGUGGCCUGCUGGAGGUAAUUUUGCAGGGAUCUGGCAGUGCUCCUCCUGCUCCUCCUUGCACAAAGGUGGAGGUAGCGGUCCUGCUGCUGGGUUGUUGCCCUCCUACGGCCUCCUCCACAUCUCCUGAUAACACUCCGUCUCAUGCUACCACUAGAGUGAAAGCACCGCCAGCAUUCAAAAGUGACUAAAACAUCAGCCAGGAAGCAUAGGAACUGAGAAGUGGUCUGUGGUCCCCACCUGCAGAACCACUCAUUUACUGGGGGGUGUCUUUCUAAUUGCCUAUAAUUGCCACCUGUUGUCUGUUGUAUUUGCACAACAGCACGUGCAAUUGAUUGUCAAUUAGUGUUGCUUCCUGAAUGGACAGUGUGAUUUCACAGAAGUGUGAUUGAAUUGGAGUUACAUUGUGUUGUUUAAGUGUUCCCUUAAUUUUUUUUGAGCA